AUGUUAAUUGGACUAAUCCAGAUUGUUCUCUAUGUUGCAGCUGUGAGCUCGAUGAGGUCGACCAUGGAUCCUUCCAAUUGUAUAGUAGUAGAGGAGUCAAAAGUAAUCUCACAGGACGUACCGCCAAACGAUUCUACUAUCUCACAAGCACCAACAGAAGAAUCGUUGCCAACGAGCACAGCAGUUCAUUACAGCGGCCCAUCGCCGAGUCAGCCGGUGUCGACUGAUCAACAAGAAGUCUCGAUUCAGCAUCAAAGCGAGUCCGCUCUGCCGCAGGCGGCCUCGACCGUAGAGAUCCCCAAGUUCGGCGUGCCCCAUUCCUUCACAGUUCCACCGUCCCAGUUCUGGAACUCGGAAUUCCGGAAUAAGCAGCCGGCAUUCAUCAGGUUCAACAUUAGCCUGCCCUGGGGUGCCAACUUCGCUGUCUACGGAAGACGGAACGUCGCCCCGAGCAUCACCCAGUACGACUUCGCGGAGUUCGUCAAGGGAGGUCGGGUCGAUCACAGGCUGCGACGGUCCAUCAUCCUCACCCCGGCAACGCUGCCAUCUAAAAGAACAGGGUCUAAAACCUACGACUUCGACUCGCCGAAACAUCUAGUCAACAAGAGAUCGGCUGCAGCGAUGCUCGUCAACGUCACCCUCCUACAAUACCUCGACGCCGGGAGGUGGUUUCUCUCGGUCUACAACGACGACCUGAGGCCCCACGAAGUCGUCCUGGUCGUCGAAGAAGCGGAAGGAAUAUCAACGGCGUGCCCCAACGACUGCUCCGGCCACGGUUCCUGUUACGUCGGUAAAUGCGAUUGCAUCGACGGAUUUGAAGGUGUCGAUUGUUCAAAAAGUGUCUGCCCUGUGUUGUGCUCUAAUCACGGUAAAUACGGAGGAGGUGUGUGUCAUUGCGAAGAGGGUUGGAAAGGGCCGGAAUGCGACAUCCCGGAAUCGGACUGCCAUGGAGAUUGUUCUGCACAUGGAACUUGCAUCGAUGGAACAUGCGCCUGCCACACCGGCUGGACAGGACCUGCCUGCGAUCAAGUCAACUGCCUGGAUCCAACUUGCUCCGGACAUGGGACCUGCGUCGCCGGUCAGUGCUAUUGCAAAGCGGGCUGGCAAGGAGCAAACUGCAGUUCUGUGGACCAGCAGGUUUACCAGUGCCUCCCCGGUUGCUCAGAACAUGGAGCCUACGACCUAGAGACGGCCUCCUGCGUUUGUGAAUCAUUGUGGACUGGCGCCGACUGCUCACAACCUUGGUGCCGUUUGGACUGUGGGCCCCAUGGCCGUUGCGAUUCUGGUCGCUGCAUCUGCUCUGAUGGUUGGACUGGAGACACAUGUGACACUUUGCCGUGUGACUCUCGCUGCUCCCAGCAUGGGCAAUGCAAAAAUGGAACUUGCGUUUGCUCACAAGGCUGGAACGGCAGGCACUGCACUUUGCCCGGAUGUGUAAGUGGAUGCAGCAGACAUGGUUCAUGUAUUUUGUACGAGGGUGAAUACACGUGUCAGUGUUCCGAUGGCUGGGCUGGUGUCGAUUGUAGUGUCAGAUUGGAAAUGGAAUGUACAGAUGAACUUGAUAACGAUCACGAUGGAAUGGUCGAUUGUUCGGAUUCAGAAUGUUGUUCCCAUCCUGCUUGUACUGAGCAUAUAAUGUGCCUUGCUUCAAAUGACCCUGUAGAGGUACUUCUUCGUAAACAACCUCCUUCUGUGACCGCUUCUUUUUACCAAAGGGUAAAAUUCCUCGUUGAGGAGAACAGUGUGCAAAGCUAUGCCCACAUGGAUGAAUACAGUGAGAGUCAAUUCUGGAACUCGUUUGUACCUCGGAGAGUGUCUGUGAUGAGGGGUCAAGUCCUUUCACCGCAAGGUUUGGGAAUAAUAGGGAUAAGAGUAUCGGUAGACAGAGAUUCUCGGUUUGGAUUUACUCUUACAAGGGCAGGAGGAUGGUUUGAUGUACUUGUAAAUGGAGGAGGUGCUGUAACACUCCAGUUCCAGCGAAGCCCCUUCCGACCGAUGACAAGAACUGUCUUUGUACCCUGGAAUCAAAUAGUUGUUCUUGCACCGAUCACAAUGCAGCUGUCAGAUGACACAGACAUGUAUCGUGAAAAUGCACAAAACUCUGCUUUGGCGCCAGGAUUUGGAAGCCCAGUGCAUAGCACACCUUGCAUCGACCAUGAUGAAACUUUACUAAUGCCAGUAAUACUAUCUACAUGGAUGCCAGAGAAAGUUGGUGGCAAACCGGGCAAGAGUCUGAUAUUUGCUGAAACCCAGAUGCUUCAAGAGAGCAUAAGAAUCCCUGGCUCGAGGCUACAUCUCAUGUAUAGGACAAGCCUGGCUCCUGGCUACCUAAGUAAAGUGGUGAUGAGACUGACAAGGUCUGUGAUUCCCAAGUCUUUGGUCAAAGUACAUGUGAUGGUGGAAAUCGAAGGCUCGGUGCACACCAAGGUUUUUGAAGCUGACCCCAACCUUACACACACAUUUGCAUGGAACAAGCGUAACGUCUAUAAACAAAAGGUUUAUGGAGUUGCCCAAGCCAAAAUAUCUGUAGGCUACCAGCAUCUGACUUGCCCAGGAAUUGUUUGGGAGACGCAGACUGCCACUCUGCAAGGUUUUGAUGUCGACAUAUCUGACGUAGGAGGCUGGAGCCUUGACAUCCACCACCAUUAUAACUUCCACGAAGGAAUUUUGCAAAAAGGUGAUGGGUCUACAGUCCAUCUGAAACAACUGGCCAGAAGUGUUAAAGUCGUGAUGGGAACAGGCCUUCAGAGGCCUCUUCAAUGCAAAGACUGUGAUGGCGUAGCUAGAGAUGCAAGACUUCUUACUCCUGUUGCUUUAACCUCAGGGCCUGACGGAUCAAUUUAUGUUGGAGAUUUUAAUUUAGUGAGACGGCUUACACCAGAUGGCAAUGUUUAUACCGUCCUUCAACUUAGUGCCACAAAAGUAUCAUAUCAGUAUUAUCUUGUACUCUCUCCGGCUGAUGGAAGGCUGUAUGUGUCUGAUCCUGAGAGACAUCAGAUCCUUCGAGUAGUCUCUUUGGAAUCAGUGCCAGAGCCUUCAAUAAACUGGGAGGUUGCUGUGGGUUCUGGAGACAGGUGCAUUCCUGGUGAUGAAACAAGCUGUGGGGAUGAAGGUCCUGCUCUGCAAGCUAAAUUGGCACAUCCCAAAGGUUUGGCUAUUGCUGCGGACAAGACAAUGUAUAUUGCAGAUGGAACUAACAUCCGAUCUGUAGAUCCCAAUGGAAUAAUCCACACACUCAUAGGGCAUCACAAACAUCAUAACAUCUGGCAACCAAUACCUUGCAAAGGUGCCAUUCCUGCAUCACAGGCACAACUACAAUGGCCAACUGGUCUUGCUCUAAGUGCAUUGGAUGGCUCGUUGCAUUUCAUUGAUGACAGACUAGUUCUUAAGUUAACAUCAGACCUCAAAGUGAGACUUGUCGCUGGAACACCUCUCCAUUGUCAUUCUAACCCUGAUCAUAAAAAUUCUGAUGAGUCCCAGCAGAACACUGAAGAAGGAACUCUAGCGACUGCGACAGCUCUUGGUCCCGUGUUUGCCCUCGCUUUCAGCCCAGGUGGCCUUCUUUAUAUUGCCGAUACCGAUUCACAAAAAGUUAAUGCAAUCAGGGUUGUUGAUCCAUCAGGAAAGAUGGCCUAUUUUGCUGGAAGAGUAUCACAGAGUAAUGAUAAACCAUUGUGUGAUUGUUCGAGCAACACCACGACACUGUGCCCAUGCUUCACUGAGACUAGUAAUUCAAAGGAAACCCUUUUGUCAACAACCGCAAGGUUCACCUCGAUAUCAGCUAUUGCAGUCAGCCCAGAUGGAAUAGUCAAUGUCGCUGACCAAGGCAACCUCCACAUCCUUGCCCUAGAGCAUUAUCUUCCAACACAAGAUGAAAACGGGGAGUUUAGGAUACCAUACCCUGCCACAGAGGAGAUAUACAUAUUCAAUAGAUAUGGCCAGCAUAUCUCAACCAGGGAUAUAACUACUGGCAAGGCCAAGUACACCUUCUUGUACAGCAAAAACACAAGUUUCGGAAAAUUAUCUACGGUUACUGAUAGCUCUGGAAAUAAAAUAUUGUUUCUAAGGGACUACAGCAAUGUUGUAAGUGCAAUUGAAAAUAGUCAGGAUCAUAAAUCUGAGCUUAAUAUAUCAGGAGUGGGUUUCUUGACUAAAUUUGUUGAGAAAGGAAGAUCGGAAAUAGUUUUAGAUUAUGACCCAGCAUCUGGUUUAUUGACGAGCAGAGCUGAUUCUUCAGCCUCGGGUGGAUCCACAUUUUUAUAUCAUUACGAUUCUCUUGGAAGAAUCACAAGUGGUGUGUUACCGACUGGAGAAACUGUCGCCUUGACCUCUCAGCUGAGCGAAAAGGAUGAACUGGAAGUGUAUGUCACGCUUCCAGUCCACCCGAACAAUCUUGCUUUGCACAAAGUUGGAAUCAGCAUGCAUGAUAAUACAAUCACUGUUCGAGAUGGGAUGUCUGUAGUUUCUGAAGCAGGUAUGCUGAGAAACCGUACAGUUAUUGUAACUGGAAGCGCCCAAGGCCGGGUAGAGUUGAGGCCAGGAGCGAGACAUCCACUCUUGGAGCUUGCAAUGCCAGUGCAAGCUGAAAUGUGGCCCAUGUGGAGCAGGCAGAUGGCGAUAAAGCACCAUAUCAUUAACCAAAUGGCAACCACUUACACUCUUAUCGGGGAUGCUGCUGCUAACCAGCACACAGUUCAUAGCCAUUUUUGGGUCAACAACACUAAAAUUUUGGGAAUUGAGUAUGACCAGGGCAGAGGAAAGAGGACAAUUUACGACAAAGACCAAAAUCCUAUUCUAUCAGUUACUUACAAUAGUCAAGGUCUUCCCACUUCUUGGAAACCAGCUAAUUCCAAAACUCUGAAUAUAACCUAUGACAGGUUUAAUCGAGUUGAAAGUUGGAAAUGGGGAGUACAGACUGAAUCUUACAGCUAUGACAGACAUGGUUUACUUUCAGAAAUCAAAACUAAACAAGACGGUGUUAUUCACUACACAUACAAUAAUCUAAACCUUGUAUCUCAAAUAACAUUAGGAAGUGGGAGAAAAGUACAGCUUGUUUAUGAUGACCAUGCUGGUUUGCGGCAUGUGGUUUUAGCAUCAGGAGCAAAGCAUUCUGUCUCCUGCCAGCCUUCUUUGGGUUUUGUGAGGUUCACCUACACCCCACCCGGUUCUACAAAAGCAUACUUGCUGCAUUACACUCAUGCCGGCAAGCUACUUCAGAUUGUCUUCCCAGGUGAUGGAGCGAGGGUUUUGUACAGGUAUCAUCCAUCUGGCCAGUUGGCUGAAGUCGUCCAUGGAGAUGGUAUCACUCAGCUAAAACACUGGGCCGAUUCCGGGUACCCAAGCCAGGCGACCCAUUUCGAAAAAGAUUUUGAAUAUAGAUGGGAUUACCAGUACUCUGGAGGGUUGCUAACAGAAGAAAGAUUGGAUUAUGGCCCAAAAACAGGAUUGAGCAAUGCUAAAUUUAUGUACCAGUAUGAUGACAACUUCAGAUUGAUUCUGUUGCAAGGAAGGAUUGGAGGGCAGACCUUACCUGAACACAUUGUUCAGUACAACCCAAAGACUGGUGCUAAGAGCCUGAUGGGACUAUUCGCCGUAUCAUGGCCUUCUCCAAAUGAAACAUCCCUUACAGAUAGCACAGCGGUUUUCAACAGAAUCACCAAUAAACAGUUUCAGGUCACACAAGUUGCUGUUACAAUACAUAGGAUGGAAGUGUUUAGAAUGGAAUACAUUUACGAUUCCAGAAAUCGAAUAAGCCAAACAAGAACAUCAACUAGAAAUGUAGGUGUCAACACUUACACAAAUGUUAAAAAUCUAACUUGGGAUUCUGACGGUCAGCUUGUUGCUGUCGAGGCUCAGGAGCCUUGGGGAUUUAAAUACGAUGAAAAUGGGAACAUGCUCUCACUUACUUAUCGUGGUAACACGAUACCUAUGGAGUAUAAUGCGAUGGACCGGAUUGUUAAGUUCGGCGAAGGCCAGUACAAAUAUGACAAUAGGGGACUUGUUGUGCAAAAUGCAAGAGAAGAGAAGUUUCAUUAUAAUGCAAAAGGUCUUCUAGUGAGAGCUACCAAACGAGGAAGAUUUGAUGUCAGAUACUACUACGAUCAUCUUGACAGACUGGCUACUAGAAAAGACAACUACGGAAACGUGACUCAAUUUUUCUAUACUAACCACAAAUGGCCAGAUGAGGUCACCCACAUAUACAGCCCAAGAGACGGCAAAUUAAUGUCGCUGACUUACGAUGACCGUGGGCAUCUGAUUUAUGCUCAAGUCUACCGACAUAAGUACUACGUCGCUACAGACCAAUGUGGCACUCCAAUAAUGAUUUUCAAUCAAUAUGGAGAAGGCAUUAGAGAAAUUAUGCGAUCACCUUAUGGUCACAUAGUCUAUGAUUCCAAUCCAUAUCUUUAUUUACCUGUUGACUUCUGCGGUGGACUGUUAGAUCAGGUCACAUCCCUGGUCCACAUGCCUGGGGGCAAAGUCUAUGACCCGUUGAUCGGUCAAUGGAUGUCGCCAAUGUGGCAAGAAGUAGUACAAAGGUUGUCCAAUCCCACAAAACUCCAUCUUUACAGAUUCAAUGGCAAUGAUCCUGUAAAUGUUCAUCAGACUCCACAUAAACUUGGUGAUGAAAAGAGCUGGCUGACCCGACUAGGUUAUGACUUAUCCAGUUUAGCACCACAGCUUAAUGAAAACUUUAUUAAACUGUCAGGCCUUCAUGACACAGAUUUCAGCCCACCUUUCACGGUUUCCUCAGGAUUUUUGUCACACUUAUCAGAAAAGUUCAUGAAAGACAAACUGUCUUCACUACCCCAGUCACAAAUCAAAAUAAACCCAAUAACAACUGAAGAAGAACCAAUAAUCGAGGAUUUCAACCCGAUGAGGUCUGCAUUUGAGUUCAGCAGACCGCCUAAGGGUGGUAUCAGGGUGCAGCCGGGAGCUGAAGCGGAACCGCCUUUUGGCCAUGGCAUACUCGUCUCGAGGACACACGAAGGAAGGGCCAUUAUACACAGUGUCCCGACAGCUAAUUCCAUCUACAGGGAUGUCCUCACUUCAGUGUUCAACAACACAUUCAUGCUGCCAUUCACAAUGGUGCUUCACGGCACCCUCCAAGAUGCUUUCUUCUUUGUGAAAGAAAAUGCCUGGAGGGCAAGUGAAGAUCGAGGCCAACUCAAACGAUUUGGUAGCCAAUUCAACACCACAUUCCAUGAAAAGGAAGGCGAGACUGGUUCUGGAAAGGUGCUUGAUGUAAGAAUACACCGUCCAAAUGCGAUUAUUAACCUGCGCUAUGGAACAACCGUUGAGAGAGAGAAAGAAAGGCUGCUGCACCAUGCAAAAUCUGCGGGUAUGAGAAAGCUCUGGCAUAGAGAGCGUGACUGCCUGCGCAACGGCCUGCCAGGCUCAAGGGAUUGGAGUCAGCAGGAAGCGGAAGAGCUUCUCAAAUCCGGCUAUGUCGCUGCUUUUGACGGCGAGCACAUAAGGGACGUUCAUACCUAUCCUGAGCUCGCCGAAGACCCAUUUAACAUUAGGUUUGUUAAGAAGAGCCGAUAGUAAGUCGGAGAACUGAGUCCCCAAACCCCACCGCCCUACAUCAAAAGAAAAAACCAAAAGGAGAAAAUGUUUUCAAAAAGAUAACAGGCUACACUGUAUCAAAAGGCAUGAGAGGCCGUUUUCAUAGUUUUCGGACCACUUGAUGACGGAUUAUGCCAAUUUUAAUAUAUGUGUAGCAUUAUAGUUGGUUAAACUGUAUAAUUUGGGGUGUCAAGAAAUUAGUUUUUUAUUCAUUGAUCUGUUGUUUAUGGUCCAAUUGUUAUCGUAGGAUUUAAAGACCAACUCAAAGUGAGUUUGUUUUUUAUCUAUAUUGAAAAUAAAGAACGUAUUUUGUAAAAUAUAGAGUACAUUUAGAUAGAGACUAGAGACCCUCGUGUUCAAAACAUUUGGCAAGUGUAUACUCAGGUAUAUAAAAGUGCUGUUGUAAUUUUGGACUAUUCAGGAGUAGCUUAUCAGAUAAACGAUAAACUGAGUCAACAAGUGCCUCAAACGUUUAGAACACAGUCAAGCAUAUUAAACAUUCCAUGAAUAAAUUUUAAAUCAAAAUAAACGAGAAACAUAUAAUCCAUGUAAUGUAUAAUACUUGAUAAAGGCAGUAUUAAUAAAAAGUGAGAUUUUUAACAAUUGUAAAUAGUUUAUUCUAAAAUUGGAAUCAGACUACUUUGAGUUGGUCGUUCACAAAUUGUUAAUAUUCACUUUAAUUUAUUUUGUAAUUAUUAAAUGUUAAGUGUUCCUUGCAUUUGAAUUUUCAUUUUGUGUAAAUGAGCAUUUCGAUAAAGAGCAUGUCUGGAACCCGAAUUAUAUAUGUUAAAAAAACUAUAAUAAUUUAUAUUGAGCACAGAUUUAAAAUUUUGUACUAAUGACUUUUUAGAGCUUAUGUACAUAAUAUAUAUUUAUAUUAAAAGAGACUAUUAUUAUAAGAUAAUGUAUAGUUGAUCCAGAAAUUAUUUAAGACACCUGAAGGCGUUUUUCCAGUUGAUAUAUCUUUUUAGAUUAAAACCAAAAAUGAUUAGUGACUAAUAUUCGAAAAACACCCCCAGACGUCAAGACAACUGAUUAUUGGAUAAGUAUAUUGUUGGCCUACAUGUGUACAUGUGGUACGAACCAUAAAUGGCCUCUUUCAAUUAAUUUGGAAAAAGUAUAUAUGGCAUAUAUAACUGUAAAAGAGAGAAUUUGCAUAACAGGUUUUGUUUAUUCGGUGCUAUUUUAUAAUACAUCCAGUGGGGAGAAAAAUACAUAUUAAAAAGUUUGAAUCAAUAAUAAGUGUGAGCACUGGAAAGAAAUUUUUUUUUUGUAAAUUUUUAUCAGAAUUAGGAUGUUAAUUAGCUUUAAUGAGCCAGUCUUGCUGACCUCCAAAGACAAUAUUUGUCUUUGUUAAACCAACAAUUUUGAAAUCAUUUGUUCCCCAAUGUUGAAACCAAUUUUAUAAAAAUUUCUGAAGUCCGAAUGUAUUGCAAUGAACAGAUUUUCUUCCAACAUGGCAUGCAUAUUUAUGACAGAAUGAUUUAAAUUAAGAGAAACGAAAAAAUCCCAUUGUUCUGACUAAACCUUGUAUUAUUUUAAUAUAAGAAAAAUACGUUUAUAAAAUUUAAUGAGACACUAACUCUUAUGUGUUCAUUUUUUUUAAUCUGUAAAUGUUUUAACAUUUCUAUUUUAAAUGGAAAAGAAAUAAUUUAACAGUUUAAGGAAAUAAUUAAAUAAAAUAAAAAGGCGUAUGGUUUAAUUGUAGAGACGUCAGUCAGACUGUCUCGAGCAAGAUACAAAAGUUCACUGUUCCAAAUGAUGCUAAUAAAAUAGUAUUUGUUUAAAUAGUUGCAUGUAGUUUACAUAUGCAGUAAUAUGCACCUGUUUCUGUGUUUUAUGGAUAUCGAGCUGUUUCUAACAUUUCUAACUUCAGUGUUGGACCACUACUUUUGCUCUUUUUCUCCUUCAUUGAUUAUAUAAACAAAAAGUAUAUAUAUAUAUUCAGUGUUUGACCUGGCAUUGUAAUUGUUAUAUGUUAUAGAAAUGUUAAAAAUGGCAGUUAGUUAGUCAUAUAGCUUUGUGACAUUUUGGAGCUUUACUCGUGUACAAUUUUUGUCGGUGUAUUUUAUUCUUCUAGUUGUACACAGUAUGAGCUACCAGUUGAUGUGCAUGAUUAUGUUAUUUCCCCCAAAACUGUACUAGGGAUAGUGAAAACAUAAAAAUAGUAAUGGAAAAUGUUCUCCUCUAUGUGUAUAUGUGUAUAAACUAUGGAACUCUUUUACCCGAGAACAAAGUGAUUUCUGUUAGUAUUUUUAUAAUGUUGGCAACGUAUUCGUCCAAAGUUAGGUGAAUGGAGUGAACUUACUUGUGUUGAAAUUUAAUCAGUUCAUGUAAUGUAAACAUAAAAAGAGAGUUUGUUGUGUUCUAAGAGGCUCAUGUUGACAUAAAUUCCUAUAUAUGCCAAAACCUCCUUUUUUUAGAAAUAAAAUAAAAGACUCUUGAUUUGUAAGCGAAUGAAAUUCAAUGCCAAAAAAAGGUGAUUCUUAAUUUUUAUAAAUGCUACCUGCCGAAACAUGUUUGAUGUUAAUAAAAUUUAAUAUCCAAGUAAUUUACUAAUAUAAUGAGUGGAAAGCACAAUUUUUCAUGUUUUUGAAGAAAAAAGUGAGAAAAAACAUUAAAAAAAUGAAAUUGGAAACACAAUUGAAUAUUUAUGAAGAAAUUAUUUUUCAUCAAGAAAGACUGUUCAGUAGUUAACUUUUAAGUUUGUUAAUAGAUUAUAAUUUUAAUUAUUAAGUGUGAUAUUAACGCAGGUGAUUCCACUAUAAUACUUAUUGACAACACUUCCUAAAAUAUAAUUGAAUGUUAUUUUCAUAAAAGAAAGGAACAGGAAACUAGUUGUAUUAAUAUUAUUUAGAGGAACCCUGCAUGUUUAGAAACAUAAUAUAUGUUUAAUGUCUGUUAUGAUUUAUUACGAUCAUUAAUGUUUUAUGACUUUUUUUAUAUAUGUAUAAUAAACAAACCACAUAUAUUAUUUUUGUCUUUGUAUAUAUCCGUGUCAAUAAAUAAAUGUAAAAAUUCACUGCUUUAACAUUAGGGGAUAGAAGUUACCUAAACAAUGGAAAAAAUAAUAAAAUAAAUAAAUUAACAAAAAUGAUUUGGCUUUUGACGACUUACUCAUGCGUAUAUAUUUAAUUUUAUUUUUCUUAUCGAUUAGUUUGUGAUUUAUAUUUUUCAUGUUACCUAUGUACAGAAUAUAUUUUAUAAACAAUUUCGAGUGAGUGUAUAAAAUAGUCCUUAAAUGUAUGAGAAGAUGUAAUAAUUAUUUGUUUACUGUACGAAUUGAAAAUAUCAUA